UGGGUAAAAGAAUUUUCGGAGCGUGGAAAAUUGAAGAGCAAAGCAUAAACCAACCCGGAAGUUGAGAAGUGAGGAGUGAUUGGAUCAGCUGGGAGGCUCAGAUUCAGAGUGAGAGCAAUGAUGAAGGACUUUGAUGAUUCCUCCUCUCCGAUUCGCCUUAACAUAGGAGGAAAGAAAUUUUACACCACUAUUACUACUUUGACUCAGCGUGACCCCGAUUCAAUGCUUGCUGCAAUGUUCAGUGGUCGACAUACUUUAUGUCAGGAAAAUGGAUAUGUUUUUGUUGAUAGGGAUGGCAAACAUUUUCGCCACAUACUUAAUUGGUUACGGGAUGGUGUUGUUCCCACAUUAAAAGAUUCCAAAUUUGCAGAACUUCUUCGGGAGGCAGAAUACUAUCAACUACUUGGGCUGAUGGAUGGAAUACACGCUGUUCAAAAUAAGAAGAAGGAUGAUGAAGAGCCAAAUUCAGAAUUAACACGCACUGAUAUCCUCAAGUGUAUACAGUCUGGGAAAGUCAGGUUUCGUGGUGUUAAUCUUUCUGGCCUUGAUCUUUCGAAAUUGGACCUGUCAUUUGUGGACUUCAGCUAUGCGUGUCUGAGAAAUGUGUUCUUCUCACGUGCAAACCUUCAUUGUGCUAAGUUCAAGGAUGCGGACGCUGAGGGUGCCAUCUUUCAUAAUGCAACUUUGCGAGAAUGUGAAUUUACUGGGGCAAAUCUCCGUGGAGCUUUGUUGGCUGGUACUAAUCUUCAGAGUGCAAAUCUACAAGAUGCAUGCUUAAUAGAUUGUAGCUUCUGCCAGGCAGACCUUCGAUCUGCACACCUACAGAAUGCGGAUCUUACAAAUGCCAAUUUAGAGGGAGCUAUUCUGGAAGGAGCAAAUUUGAAGGGUGCUAAGUUGAGUAAUACCAAUUUGAAGGAUGCAAACCUUCAACGAGCUUAUUUGCGGCAAGUGAAUCUUCGAGAUACGCAUUUGGAAGGUGCGAAGCUUGAUGGUGCUAAUUUACUUGGAGCAAUCAGAUGACACUGGAGUGAUGAUAUUUAUUUCUUGAGGAGGUUUGUAAUACUGUGUAUGUAACCUACUUUACAUCCUUUGUCUUAUGUCUGCAAAGACUCACAUGCGAGAAAUUGUUGUCCAAAUUCUUCAUUCAUGCUACCUGAGUAGUUAAAUGAUAUGUGGCUUGUACAGAA